AUGUCGAACACUGAUAUUAUAUGCGGAGGAUGUCGGAAGUCCAUUGAAGAUAGAAGGUAUUUGAGGUGCAGCGCUUGUAGACUAUAUUACGAUUUGGACUGCGCCAACGUCUCCGAACAGCGGUUUUAUAAUACUAUGAGCACGGAUUAUAAGAAGGUUUGGAAAUGUGUUAUUUGUGCUAGUCAGCAGCCGAAGGUUGACAACACUAACACGCCUGUUCGGGGGACGGCCGUCGGAGUCACUGUGCAGCGAGGCGCCGCUGUUGAUACUUCCCUCAAUUUGGACUUGGAUUAUAUGAAUGAUACCGCACACAAUAUGACUAUCGAGAUGACUGAUUUUCAGGCGUUUGUCAUGGAGAUGCGAGCAUUUAGGGAAGAGAUGCGGGAGGAGAUGCGAGUUAAUCGUUUAGAGAUGAAAAGGCUGAAUGAUGCAAUUGCUGCGCUGACGGGCAGGGUUACGGAAUGCGAGGGUCAGGUUGAUGUCCUCAGGGAGCGUUGCAAUAAAAUUGAAGCACAACUCUCUGCCGAAAAAGCGGAUAAUACGACACUUGUGGCUGAAAUUGAUAACUUGAAAUUGGCACUAAAUGAUCGGGAUCAAGAUUUGUUGUUCACGGACCUUGAGUUGACCUGCAUACCUGAGCAGGUGAAUAAAAAUUUACAGCAUUUAAUCGGUACGGUGGCUACUAAGCUUGGCGUGGAAUUGGCUGAACAGGAUGUUGUUAGUGCGGUACGAGUGGGCCGUAUACUUGACGCAACCCAGACCCCUGGUGUGCUUCGUGUUCGUCCCAUUGUGGUGCGGCUGGCACGGCGUGCUGUCCGUGAUCGUCUGCUGGAGGCUGCGAGAGUGCGUCGUGGUGUCACUACCGAAGGCUUAGGCCUUCCCGGAAGACCGUGUCAGUUUUUUUUUAAUGAGAGGCUCACUAAGUCAAACAGACAGUUAUUUCGGCGGGCGCGUCAGUUGGGCCGUGAUCGUGGAUGGCGCUACGUCUGGACGAGAAAUGGUCGAAUUUAUGCACGACAGUAUCCAGGUGUGGGUUCAGUUCGUCAUACCAUCCGCUCAGAGGCUGAUCUUGGUCGAGUUUUUGGCCUGGACGCAAUAUGA